CUCCUCGAUGGAUUUCUAUCGACUCUGUCCUGUCCUUAUUGGGACCAUCGGGACUAAGUGUCACGGCUUGCUGCCGAUUGCCCGAGUUCGCUCGUUAGUACGAUAAUUUUUGACGUGUAACGCUUAUCGGUCGGUGAGAAUCGGAGUGCGGUUGCCAGCGACAGUGAUUGACGAUAACCUCGGUAGUUUCCGUCGACUUUUUCGCACUCCAGUGUCUGGAGAUCGGCGACGCGCGAACGGAACGGGACAGGAGUCCGCGACAUGUAUGUCGGACUCUGAGCGCGAAUGCUGAUACGGUAUUCGUCUUCUCCUCGAUGCACCGCGCGUGGCCAUUUCACCCUAGGCCUGUGUAAUGAUCCCUGUGACGGUGACGAUCAGCAGCGAGUCGCAGAAGCCGAGACUCCGAGGCGUCGGUAAGAUCCUCUCGAUUUGUUGACGAAGGCGAGAGACGUCCGGCCGAAAAUGACAGAGAGCCUGAUAAACGAGUGGCUGGCGGACUGCAAGGAUGUCGCACCGUCGGAACUCCACAUGUUCGCUAGAACGCUCGCGGAGGACAACGAGAUCGUGCGGGCGCUCUACGUGCUUCUGGAGGAGCGCACCAAGUACAGUGAGCUGAUGGAUGAAGUGUGUAAUCAAUUGUACAACUUUUAUCGGUCUCGGGAAAUAGAGUUACAAAGGUUUACUCUGCAAUUUCUACCAACAUUAAUAUAUAUUUAUUUAAAUUCUGCUGCCCAUGGUGAUAUUAAGAGUUGUCGUUCUCUUGAAACUCUAUUAAUUGGAUUAUAUAAUCUGGAAGUGGUUGAUAAAUUAGGACAACAAAAAUCCAUUUCAUUUAGAUUACCAUCCCUUGCUAUGUUGUCUUUAUAUCAUGAGCCUGCGAGUUUAGCACCAGCUUCACUAACAGAAAGCGCAGUCCGCCGUUUUGAAGAGUGUAACACAAAACUUGUGAGCUGGGGUCCAUUGCAACAAGUAGAAACAUUGAAUGCGCAGAAUAGAUUAAAAGUUAUGACAGCUCUACUUUUUAUUUAUAAUCAGCAGCUUGGAUAUAUAAAUAAAUUUGCUUUAGAACAAUUGUGCAAGGUUGCAACAAAACUUGUUACUCAAGGAUUCAUGAAACCAGGACAUCAUCAACGUUCUUCAUAUGGCAGUGAAUCUAGCUUUGUUCCAAGGCUUUUACCACGUAUACCAGUAUCCAGUCAAUUUCUCUUGGAAUUCUUGGAAGCUGUAUAUUUUGCCAUGUAUAACGAAUGCUGGUAUGUGGGAAAUCAAGCUGUAGAAGAUAUUCAUAACAGAGCAUGUUAUGAAGCAUAUCCAAAUGUAAUGUUAGUUACUAACGCUAUACGCAAUUCUGCCAGUUCUGGAGCACCAGGUCAGCCGAGCGAUGGACCAAUUGGAAUUAGUGUUGCAUUGUCCCCAGCGACCACUACACCAACCGUAUCAAAGUCUAUGAUCACAAAUGCUUCUUUCCGUACUAAGAAAUUGCCAGAUGACAUACCAAUACAAGUAAUAAAAGAUGAAACUACUGCAGAGGGUAAAAAUAACUUGGUGUCAAUCAUGGAGGAACCAGAAUCCGCAGAGCCGAAUCGUAUUGGUUCUAUGAGACAAUCAAAGGAUCAAAAGACUGUUUCGAAGAUUGCGAAUUUUCCCGUGCUCGGGAAGAAACCUAAAGAGAAAGAAGGGAAGGUAACGAAAAAUACUCACGUCACGUCGUUUGAGAAGGAAAAGAAGCUCUGCUCUCAAGCGACGUCAAAGGAGAAUGUUAAGGGAAGUUUAUCAAUAUUAACAAAUGAACAACAAGGGGAAAUUGAUGGAAACGUUAAUGGAUGUGCGAUUCGAAAGAAAAAUAAUAUAGAAAAUAAUGCGAUCAUAAUAGACCCAAAUGUAGCGUUGAUUGACAGUGAGAGACUGGCGUUAAGUAGUGACAUUACCGAUGGUAAUAAUAUGGAAAAUUCUAUUAAUUUAAGAUCACAUAAUGAAACAGAGUCCAUGGGUUCUUCUAUCCAGAUUAGCUCUGUUUAAUGACGAUAAAAUAAAAAAAAAAAUGUUAUAUAAAGAAUAGUAAUGGGCUGAACAUAAGCCAUUUUCUUCCAUCUAGCAGAAUCUUAUUAAAUCCAUGUAUAAUGUGUACACGUUGCCUUUUCCUAGAAUUAUUUAAUAUCACACGCACUAUAUUUUCGCAAACAAUGAUACAUGUAUAUUGCUAUUGCAUUGCGAUACUUGUAAGAAUCGUAUAUUUUUCUUGACAUAUAGCGAUUUUAGUCAGUCCAUUACUCUAUUGAUCUCCAUAAUGAACAUAAAAAUGGGAGAGGGAACAAUAUGAACUAAAAAUACAGUUGUUUCGUUAGAUGUUUUGUGUAUAUUGGUGCAUAUUGACUAAUUUUUGUAACUAUCUAAUCUAUAAUUUAUUUCAUAUAUUUUAUACACGUCGUCGUAUGAUAUUAUAAUACCUCUUUAUUCAGAUGCAGUUAUCGAGUUUCACUUCUAAAGAUUAUAGAUCAUUACAAAUGGGGGAAAAAGUAUAAUUAUGAUACAAUAUGUAUGUUUAUAUUUGACUCAGAUGUGCUAUGAUGUAGUUAUAGUGAGCUUUCCUCUAUAGUUCCAAUAUAACUAACAAAUUUGUAUGUUUAAAUCAAAGGUACAUUACAAUUGAGAGGAGGAAGGGGAUACAGGACGUCUAAAACAAAGUUGCACAAUAUUACUUAAUUAUAAACAAGAUGAAUAGAUAUAUAUAGAAUAUCAGGCAUAUCUGAGUUGAAUAAUAGAUACCUGCUAUUAAUUUUGUCAUAAUUGUUCUAACAUGGUAUUAAAGAUUCAUGACGAAUUAUUUGUUUUGUGCAAAUAGUUGAUGUAUGUAUAUAUAUAUAUAUAUAUAUAUAUAUAUAUAUAUCAACUAUUUAGGUUUUAUUAUAUAUAUAUAUAAUAAACCUUGAUAUAUAUGUAUAUACGAUAUAUAUGUGAUUGUUGGGAAUUACGAAAUUCAGAUAUAAAGAGAGAUUUUAUUCUCAUGUGAACGUUGAUCCAUGUUGAAAAUGGUUAACUAAUCAAGAUAUGCAUGAAAAAAUGGGAAUUGAAUAGUAGAUAUAUAUUUUUCAACAAACUUCGAGUAGGACUUUAUUCUACAUUUUAUUUUAUUUUGUGUGUUUAAACGAUAGCGUCAAGAUGCAAUCUUUUCAUGUAAGAUCUAUACGUAACUUUUUAAAUUUCUAAAUUUAAGCUUAGUACAUCUGAUUAAUAACAUGGAAAUGACAAGUAGCAAGAAGAAAAUCAUGUGCUUCCAGGUGCAGUAUAAAUUUUGUGUUUAUACAAAAAGUGUAAGAUAUUUUUAUAAAUUAACGUAUGUGUUCAAAAUACACAUAAAAAAAUAUUGAUAGUAUGUACCUUAAAAGUACCUCUCCUUAAAGUACCACUUUAUUUUGCAUGCUUAUGCAUUUCUUUUUUGAAGAAAUGUACAAACGUAGACGUAAAGUUGGCUAAUAAAAAAGAGAUGCGCCAAAGACUAUAGUAUUUUACACUAAUUUAUGUGGUAAUUAGCUUUUCCUUUAAAAUUUUCUUGAAGCGAAGUUAAUUUUAUAAAGAACACUAUGAUCAGUUCCCAUUUCUUCAUGCUCAUUCUAAGUUUACGCAGAUGUAUUGUAAUCAGGAUUGGGAACUUAGAAAUUAAAAUUUAUAAAAAUAACGCGUUACUAUUACCUUAAAAAAAAUCUUGUUACUGAUUUUUAAAAUGUAACACGUUAUCAUUACUGUUGCUUAGAAAAUACCAAUUUUUUUUUUGUUUAUUAUUCUUUUACAUCGUUUUACGACAUUUUGAUGACUUUUUUUCCAGAAUGACAUGCUUACAAAGUCUUUAGCGUAAUCGAUAUUUAUUGAUUUUGUGUGUUUAAUCGUACAGUCUUUAAGCAUGUAUUAUAUUUAUAAAGUAAGGAUAAAAUUUGUAAUCGUUACUGUCAAAAUGUAACGAUGUUACCGUUACCGUUACAGACAGAAUAAAAAAUAAUUGUUAUUUAAAAAAAGGUAACUGUAAAGGUGUUACAAGUAACGUGUUAUUUCCCAACCCUGAUUGUAACCCGAAACUAUUAAUGUGUAAAUAUUAUAAAAUAAUUGUGUGUAUAUAUAUAGAGAAGAGAAAAGAAAAUUUGAUUUAAAUAUAAAAAGAAUCGUAAUAUAUUGUGAAUUGCAUUUGUUAAAAAUAGAUCGAAAUGUUCUAAACUGUGAAACAGUAUAUCAAGAACGAAACCGAGUUUCAAUGCUUGUUUAAAGGUCAAUGAUUACUAUAUGGCCUAUAUUGUAUCAAUUGAAGUAUAACAUAUGGAUUGUAAAAAUACAUUGAAGUUAUUUGGAAAAACUGAUAGUAGCAACGAUAAAAG